UACUUCCGCUUUACUACUGCUCGACAGGAAGUUAGCUUGAAACCAGGACGGAAACUGGAGUUUAUGGUAAAAAUGUCAACAAUGGACUGAAAUUAAAAGUGUCGUCUUUGGUUUGAAGCCGCACACUCGUGACAUGAUGUCUAACACCGCGAGGAGCGGGGACAUCAUACAUCUAAACGUCGGCGGGAAGAGGUUCAGCACCUCCCGGCAGACUCUGACAUGGGUUCCUGACUCAUUCUUCUCCAGUCUUCUGAGUGGCCGCAUCUCGACUCUGAAGGAUGAAACUGGAGCUAUCUUCAUUGACAGGGAUCCUUCUCUGUUCGCUACCAUCCUCAACUUCCUGCGGACCAAAGAGCUGCAUCCCCGCUCCAUCAACGUGCACAUGCUCAUGCAUGAGGCGGAGUUCUAUGGCAUCACACCACUGGUGCGUAAGCUGCAGUUGUGUGACGAGCUUGAUCGAUCUUCCUGUGGAAACGUGCUGUUUAAUGGCUAUCUGCCUCCUCCAAUUUACCCAGCAAAGCGCAGAAACCGCCACAGUGUGGCCGGGUCACAGUUAAUGGGAGGCCGGGUCGUGCCUGCCGAGAGAGUGCCAGUCAGACGCAGCAACACCAUGCCGCCCAACCUGGGGAAUUCUGGGAUACUGGGCAGGAUGGCCACAGAAGAGAGGUUGCCUGCAGGUCAGUCUUCAGAUUCUGGCAUGGUUCGGAUCAUCUGUGGUCAUCAUAACUGGAUCGCUGUGGCGUAUGCACAGUUUGUUGUCUGCUACAGGGUGAAGGAGUCCACCGGGUGGCAGCAGGUCUUCACCUCUCCUCGCCUGGACUGGGUGAUCGACCGAGUCGCGCUCAAUGCUAAGGUGAUGGGUGGCUCUCUGGGAGAUAAUGACAAGAUGGUGGCUGUCGCCUCAGUGACGGAGAUCAUCCUGUGGUCCAUCUGUCCGGACGGCAAUGGAAAUGAAAUCGGCGUCUUCAGCCUCAAUGUGCCGGUGGAGGCGCUCUUCUUCGUUGGUAACCAGCUGAUUGCCACCAGCCACUCUGGGAAGGUUGGCGUCUGGAACGCUGUCACCAAACACUGGCAGAACCAGGACGUGGUUCCGAUCAGUAGCUACGACACUGCUGGCUCCUUCCUCAUUCUGGGCUGCAACAACGGAUCCAUCUACUACAUCGAUGUUCAGAAGUUUCCUCUAAGAAUGAAAGACAACGACCUGCUGGUGACAGAGUUGUACAGAGACCCGACAGAAGAUGCCAUCACUGCACUCAGCGUCUACCUCACGCCCAAAACCAAUGCCGUGAAAUCAGGUGACAGUGGGAACUGGAUUGAGAUUGCGUACGGGACAAGCUCUGGGACAGUUCGAGUCAUCGUUCAGCAUCCGGAGACGGUCGGCUCGGGGCCUCAGCUCUUCCAGACCUUCUCUGUCCACCGCAGCCCUGUUACCAAGAUCAUGCUGUCGGAGAAACACCUCAUUUCAGUUUGUGCAGACAACAACCACGUACGGACGUGGACAGUGACACGGUUUAGAGGGAUGAUCUCCACCCAGCCUGGAUCCACACCACUCACUUCCUUCAAGAUCCUCAGCCUGGACGACAUCGAUGGACAUGGAGGCUGCAGUGCCGGGACAGAAAUAGGUCCAUAUGGGGAGCGAGACGACCAACAGGUUUUUAUCCAAAGAGUCGUACCAGACACAGAUAAGCUGUACGUCAGGCUGUCGUCCAACGGAAAGAGGGUGUGUGAGGUGCGCUCAGUGGACGGCACCUCCAUCACUUCCUUCAUGGUCCACGAGUGCGAAGGCUCGAGUCGCAUCGGCUCUCGACCAAGACGCUACCUGUUCAGUGGCCACAGCAAUGGCAGCAUCCAGAUGUGGGACCUGACCACUGCAAUGGAGAUCGCCGGCAAGGUCGACAUCAAAGCACUAGGUGGACCAACAGAAGAGGAGUUGCUGGAGCUGCUGGACCAGUGUGACCUGGCUCUCACCAGAACACCUGACAGUACACCGAGAACCUCCACCUGCAGUCUUCACUCUCAGCUCAGUGACGGCUUUCGACCCGAGCACCUUCGCGCUACAGGAGGUCGAGGAGGAGCUUUGGGUUCGGCGGCUUCGCUGUGUGGCAGCCUCCCACGACAGGCCUCAGCCCCUCUACCGCUGGCUAAACCGGUCAGAGACCACGGACUUUCACCGCUAACUGGACCGCAGGCCCUCCCCAGUCCUGGCUCCACCUACACCCACAGCUCCAAUGCCAGCCCCCGCCCUCAGAGACACCCAGACCGGGACAGAGAGUGGGGGUCGGUGCGCAGGGGCAGCUUCGUGGAGCGCUGCCAGGAGCUUGCCAAGGGCUCCGAGGCAGCUGGCAACUCCGCGUUCGGAGCAUUGGGAGGGUCAGAGGGCGCCAGGCGAAGCUUAGCUGUAUGCAGCGAGUUAGAAGCCAGAUUUGGCCUCAGGACACCCACCACUUUCUCUGUGUCGCCAGGUGCUCGUUAUUCCCCUGGAUCAUCCACGUCACUGUCACCAUCUCCUUUAUCUCCUUUAUCUUCGUCAUCCCAUCGCAAAGCUGCGCCUUCCUCCCCCACAAGCCCCGCCCCCGCUGCAGUAAGCCCAACCCGAUCUCAGACCCCCGUCUCUCCUCGCCGUGUCAUCACACCAUCGCCCUCUGAAGCUCCAGCGUCACCAGAGAGCCCUGCGAGUCCAGACAGCACCACCGCCACCGCCCCUGCCCCUGCCCCCGCCCCCGUCGCUGCCGGCCCGCCAACCAGCCCCAAACCACACAUGAAUGAGACCAGCUUCUGACCGUUCAGAGCAGACACUGAGAAACUCACAAAACUCUUAUCAGCAAGUUUUGUUGCUGUGGUUACCUCACACUCAUCAUCAGGUUGGAAAAGUUUCCAAGGAGAAGCUGCACUGAUCAAUGUUUUCACGUCAUCAAUAAGUGUCAUAAGGAGUCAGUGUGACGGUAAAGGGCUAACCCGCAGAUCUACACCUGGCAGAUAUCUACAACACACUGACAGUGAAGUAACUGAAUGAAAUGCACAGACAACUGUGCUGUCUGGACGAUGUGUUUACACUGUGUUCUCAUGUGAAAAAACCUGAGUAAAUGCAACUUGCGACUACUUGCUUUGAGAUAAUGCGAAGAUAAUUAGUUGCAUCUGUGGAUUAACUCUGUUUGUUGUCUCAUGGUAUGAAAGUUUUCUUCACAUUCAGUGUGAGCGCACCAUCUGUGUUUAGGAGGCGGAGCCUGAACACUGAACUAAAUGACAGAUUUUGAGUGAUGUCGAUAAAAAGUCAGUUGACUGUUGUUUAUCUUCAGACAAGUCUUUCUAACAUUUUCUAGCUGCUCCUGACUUAUCUAUAUAACAUUUUUUAUAUAAAAUGUUUGUUUCACUAAACUUUUGUAACGUUUUUACUUUGAACAUGAACCAAACCUGAACGCCUCACUGCCACAGUCAUACUGAUGGAAUUCUGGGAAAAAAAGUGAUCAAAUGUGAUGUUUUCCAACAAAAUAAAACAGUGAAGCAGGAAAAAACAAGGCCAGACAAACACAUACUUGAAAUAAAUGUCAAAUAUGUUUUAAUUUAUAUGCAAAAGUAAAUGCAUAUAAUCUCUAAUCACAAAGUUCAAACUCCAAGUUGAGAUUUCAUGGUUUUUCAUGAAAGAAAAUGUUUUCCACAUUUGUGAUUUGAUAUUUUCACAAAUGUUAUUCAAUUCAAAUUAGAUGAAUGAAUGAAUGAGGGAAAAACAAGCCCGGGAUGACUGAGUUGUAGUGUUGUGAUGCAUAAUUGCAGGAUUUGUUUUCAUUACCCAUUAAUCUGAUGAUCAUUUGUUUGAUUCAUUAAUUCAUUAAACACACUGCUGUAGAUCAA